GCAUUUACAGAUAUCAUUUUAGUGAGCGUCUGCUCUCUCUGGUUCGCCCUCGUAAUGAUCCGGGCAGUGUUUAUCUUCCUAGCAGCGGUGGAGAUAGUUUUUUUAUAUAUUAAUUCCCAGGAUGGAGACGUCCUUGGUACCUUUUCCUACUCAACCGGAGAUGACAAAGAAGGUACUGAGACGAAUACGAUAGAAUACACAGCAGCCGUAUUAGAUUACGAGGCUUAUGACGACAUCAGCCUAGGGGGGUUGGCGUUAUUGCAGGAAAAUGCUCGUAUUCUCCUUGGGUAUGCAGCACAAGCUCAGAGACAGGGAGCAGAUAUAAUUGUAUUCCCAGAGCAUGGCCUUACAGGCAGCAACACGGGAACCACAUUGGAGGCGCUGGUAUCCUUAAGUCAGAUCGUACCUGAACCGGAGGAUGAGGUUAUUCCCUGCUACUUCACUGAUGCUAACGAUGCUUCCAAGGUUGUGCAAGAACUUAGCUGUGGGGCGAUGGAACUUCGCAUGUACCUGGUGGUUCAGAUGACAGAACAGCAAUGUGCAAAUGGCACUGUUAAGACUGACUUUGAAUCGGGGUUUCCUAGUACUGAUGGCGUGAAUAGGCCUAUAGCUUCUGCACAAGGUGAAGAGUGCCCUAAAAGAGACCUCCUCUUCUUCAAUACUCAAGUAGUCUUUAGUGACACUGGAGUGGUUGUUGCCAAAUAUCGGAAGAAGCACCUUUAUGUUGAAAGCCAUCUUUCCAAGGGAGAACAGCCUGACGAAGCGGCCAUGUUCACCACGAGUUUCGGCGUAACUUUUACCCUUCAGAUCUGUUUCGACAUCAUGUAUAGGGACCCAGCUAUAAGCAAUAUUGAGACCUACGGUCUGCAUGAUGCCAUAUUGAGCACUAACUGGAUUGACGAGCUCCCGUUUUUAACAGCUCCUCAGAUGUGGAAAGCAUGGAGUGAGGGGAACAAAGUCAACCUUCUGGCUUCCAAUUAUUUCAAACCUUCUCAAGGAGCGCUUGGUUCUGGAAUAUUUCGAGGCUACACAUCUGAGCCGGCUACUUACGUCUACAAUGCAGCCGGCGGCACAAGUCUGGUUGUUGGGAAAGUUACUACAACACCUGUUUCAAGUGUUUCAACGACGAGGUCAGAUUUUAGACCGAUACUGAGCUACUGUCAAUCACCAGUAAACAACUAUGAAGAAACAGGUAGUAUCCAAAGAGAGGCGCUAGACUCAAAAGAAAGUCCGUGUGAAUCAGUAUAUAGUCAUUCGAACCCAGUGGAAAGCAACACAUUCCCGUUGCUCGUUGCUGAAGACCAGACAUUCCUCCAUGAGGACUUGCAAAGAUACAAUCACUCCAUUAUCGAAUGGACUUCCACCACAAACCCGUCAAAUUGCACCAAAACCCUCUGCCAUGAAGACGGAUUCUGUUGCACUGUCGAGUACGAUUACCCGAGAAAUGACACUGAAGGAGGACUUUUCAUGAUUCUUGCCUACAGUGGCCUAGUGGUCAAGGGAGGAGGAAUUUACCCUAUGUAUUCUCAAAUCUGCUCGAUCGUCUUCUGUUUGAACGCAACCGCCAUGAGCUGUGCGCGCGUAGAGGGCGAACCGGUUAGACACUCAAAUCUAAGAGUGUACGAACUCAGAGGGAAUUUUGGAAACAGUCACGUAUAUCCAUCGGUGUUUACGCAAAGUCUGGAAUUGUACAGUUCCAGGAACUGGGAAUUUGACGUUCAGGAACGUUCCGGUUUCUUUGAUGGGGUUAUUCGGUUCAGAGAAACAGUGAAAAGCCUUUUGUCUCUGACGAUGUUUAGCCGAUGGUAUGAGAGAGAUCCGGGAGAGUAGGUUUAUCAUUGUUAAUGUAUUUUCAUGAAUAUUGCUAUGCCUCUUUCAUGGAAAUUUGAACAAAUUGUUUAAUGUGUAGUACGAUUCAAAUAAACAUGAAU